AAUUAAUAUGUGUCCAGAAUUAAAGGGAUGAGGUGUCUAUAUGUAUGGUGCGAUAAUUUGAUCACAUCCCUGUGUGCAGACCUUCUCCUAUCCAGCUCGGUGCUGCAAGUAUAAAAUGAGCAUGGAGCCGGAGACUUCAGCUGUAUUACAGUGUCUGUGGGAAGAAGAAGCAUCAUCGGAGAGCUGCCAGUUAGCUGAGGCUGAGACCGUAAAACAGAGGGUGGGGGUUGUGUCUUACAAAAUGGCUGACCACACCAGUCCUGAUCACACUGACCAGCAGGCUGCCUUGAGUGAAGCUGAACUGGAGGACAUAGCUCCCAGGUCCCAGGAUACUGGCCUGCGUCUAUUAACCGGAGUGAGGAGGAGAUUUAGAUGUUCGGGGACAAUUGCAAGAUCCCUGCUGCUGAAAUUUAUUCCGAUCCUAAGUUGGCUGCCACGUUACCCAGUCAAAGAAUGGCUUUUGGCAGACAUCAUUUCCGGGCUCAGUGUUGGCAUCAUUCAGCUCCCACAAGGUUUGGCAUACGCUCUUCUGGCUGGUGUCCCCCCAGUGUUUGGUCUGUACUCAUCGUUUUAUCCUGUGAUCCUAUACACAAUAUUCGGCACGUCACGGCACAUCUCCGCAGGCACCUUCGCUGUUAUCUCGGUGAUGGUCGGGAGUGUGACUGAGUCGUUGGCCCCUUCAGAGAAUUUUAUGAUCCCAGGAAAUGAAUCCAUGAUUGACACUGAGGCUAGGGAUGCUGCCAGAGUUGAGGUGGCCGCAGCCUUAAUGCUAUUGGUCGGCAUCUUUCAGAUCUUGUUGGGGCUGGUGCAGUUUGGCUUUAUAGUCACCUACCUCUCGGAUCCACUGAUUCGGGGCUACACUAGCGCCGCAGCCAUCCACGUGACUGUGUCUCAGCUAGAAAGUAUACUGGGUGUGGCGGUCUCUCAUCAAAGCAAGCCUCUGUCUCUCAUCUAUACCAUUGUGAAUCUCUGCUACAAGAUUCCUCAAACUAAUGUCGCAGCUCUUCUCGCUGGUCUCAUUGCCAUCGCUGUGAUGUUGGUGGUGAAGUUUCUGAAUGAGAAAUACAAAUCAAAGAUCCGAAUGCCGAUACCCAUUGAGCUGAUUACGCUAAUUGUUGCUACUGGGAUUUCAUAUGGCGUCGAUCUGAAAAGAGUGUACGGCGUGGCUAUUGUAGGAGAUAUCCCAACAGGGAUGAACGCUCCUAUCGUUCCAAAGGCUGACCUGUUUGCCAGCAUGGUUGGCAAUGCCUUCGCCAUAGCCGUAGUGGUCUAUGCAUUCACCAUCUCUGUGGUGAAGAUGUUUGCAGUUAAACACGGCUACAACGUGGACAGUAACCAGGAGUUCAUAGCUCUGGGUCUCUGUAACCUUUUUGGAAGCUUUUUCCAGUGCUUCACUAUAGGAACCGCUAUGUCCAGGAGUCUAGUACAAGAGAGCACCGGAGGGAAGACCCAGAUCGCUGGCGCUGUAUCGUCCUUGGUCAUCCUCGUUAUGAUACUAAAGGCUGGUGAGCUGUUUAAGACUCUUCCAAAAGCUAUAUUGUCAUCCGUAGUCAUUGUGAACUUAAAGGGUAUUUUCAAGCAGUUUGCGGAUAUUCCAGUGCUGUGGAGAUCGAACAAAAUUGAUUUGCUGGUCUGGGUGGUGACCUUCGUGGCUACAAUACUCCUAAAUCUGGACAUAGGUCUGGCUGUUUCCGUGGCCUUUUCCCUCCUGACGGUUAUCUUCAGGACUCAGCUACCUCAUUACUCCAUCCUUGGGCAAGUGUCCAGUACAGACAUUUAUAGAGACGUGUCUCAGUACCAGCAGGCUCUGGAGGUCCCCGGUAUAAAGAUCUUCAGGUCAUCGUGCACGCUUUACUUUGCGAAUGCUGAAUUGUAUGCAAACGCAGUUAAAAAGAAGAGCGGUAUUAAUGUGGACAAACUGAUCGAGAGAAAGAAAAAAGAUAUUAAAAAGCAGCAGCAACUGCAGAAAAAGGAAGAGAAACGAGAAAAGAAAGCGCUGAAGGCAAAGGAGAAGUGUGAGGUCCCAGCAGAACAGGCAUAUGAACUUUCUUAUGUUGAUGUAUCCACUGCCAAUGGGAAGCCAGAGACGCACAAUGCCGUGUACAGUGAAGUAUUAGAAGAGAGCGCCUCCAGCUGUCUAGAACUCAACAAGAGCUGCAUCCACUCGCUCAUCCUGGACCUAAGCACCGUCAGCUUUGUAGACACUGUCAGCAUUAAGGUUUUGAAAAAUAUAUUUCGUGACUUCCAAGAAGUUGGAGUAAAUGUUUAUCUGUCUGGGUGUCAUGAGAAUGUUCUACGGCAGCUGGAGGUUGGGAACUUCUUCAGCAAGACAAUCACCAAAUACCAGAUCUUCUCUUCCAUCCAUGACGCUGUCACUUAUAUUUCAAGGACGCGGAGUCCGCAGAUGACAAAGAAGGAUUCUGAUUUUUUCACAAAGAUGUGAAGGUAACGAUUUCCUGCAAGCACGAGUCUUCUAUAUAUGCCAUGUGUGUAACUUUCUCCAAGACCUUUGCUGUCCUGUACAAUUUAUACUGCGACAAAGGGCUCCAUCUAGUGGCUGGUUUUGUUUAAACAUUCCAUAAUUCCAGAUUGCAAAGCAGUUCUGCAUCCAACAUCAAGGAAGAUGGGGUAAAAUAAUUUGCCCUAAAUGGACAAUCCUACAGAUGUCUGAGACACCACUGUCAAACUUCACUGAGGGAAAUCUAGGUAUAAUAUGGUGCUAAAGUACCUUUAUUUAAAGAGCGCUUUGUAUCUUUUUAUUUUGCUGUGUUUUAUUGGUGUGUUUGAUUCUCUGUGACAUUUUUGAAAUGUUUGUCAGAUUUAAUAAAAUGUUUUAUCCACGUACAUUGGAUUUACUUCAUCUUC